AUGGCGUCAUCGCCUAAUAUCACUCUUGAGUCUGGUUCACCGCUUCCUGAUCCCAAGGAAUCCCGCGUUGUGAUCAAAAGUCUUCAAUAUCUUUCCUUCACACCCCCUGAUAUCGCCUUUGCUGUCAACAAGUUAUCACAGUUCAUGCAUCAGCUGACAGACAAGAAUUGGCAGGCUGCUAAGCAUGUCUUGCGUUAUCUAGCUGGAAUGAGGUCACAUGGAAUUUUUCUUAAAGCUGAUGAUCCACUAACGAUUCAUGCAUUCUCGGACGCAGACUGGGGCCGUGAUAAGAACACAUACACGUCGAGCAAUGCCUGUAUCAUCUACUUUGGCGGUCGUCCCAUUUCCUGGUCUUCAAAGAAACAAUGA